GAGGCAAAGCUACCUUCAAACAGAAAACUUCUAAAAAUAAGAUCUUGUCUAAAAAUAAUAAUGCUCUUGUCUUUGACAUCUUAUCUUUCAAUAAUAUAUCUAUUAAUAAUAUAAUUUUAGCUCUUGCAAAUCUUCUUGAAAACAAACUCUUAGCUACAAAGACUUACUUCAGUAAGAAUAAAAGAAUAUACCUCAAAGUGAUAUUCAAGAAAGAAUUACAACAGCAAUUUUAUGCUACAAAAGGUCUAAACAUCUUUAAGCAAACUAUUUUUGAUUAUAUUCCAAUUAACCUCAAAUACAGUUUCCUCUCAGUUAAACUAAGAAAUACUCCUCUUGGUGAUAUAAACUAA